AAUUACACUGUUGAAAUAUUGCAUCACUUCAGUGGUCCCUUUUGAUAUCCAUGAGCUUGAUGAAUAGGCGGAGUUAUAUAUGAUCAAAGAUAUAUGUGAUGACCUUUGUAUAAACCCUCACUCCACCGUACCCCUUAGAAACUUCUCACUGCCGCAGUGUGUUCAUAGUUUUCAUUUCUCGUUCCCAAUACCACAAUGCAUCUUCAACUCGCUUGGUUCCUCCUCUUCGACAUCAUCAUCGGGCUUCUGGCGUUCGGAGAUCUCUCCGAAGCAGCGCGAGCCUUCUUCGUGUUCGGGGACUCUUUGGUCGACAACGGUAACAACAAUUACUUGGUGACCAGCGCCCGGGCAGACGCGCCACCCUACGGGGUCGAUUACCCGACCCAUCGGCCCACGGGUCGAUUCUCCAACGGGCUUAACAUCCCUGACAUUAUAAGUGAGCAUCUCGGAGCUGAAUCCACAUUGCCCUACCUGAGCCCAGAGCUCAGAGGGGAUAAACUACUUGUCGGUGCUAACUUCGCUUCGGCUGGAAUUGGAAUUCUCAACGACACCGGAAUCCAAUUUAUAAAUAUUAUAAGAAUUAGCGAGCAAUUGGAGUAUUUCCAGCAGUAUCAACAGAGGCUGAGCUCUUUGAUCGGACCAGACCAAGCCACGAGGCUGGUGAACGAUGCGCUCGUGCUGAUCACCCUCGGAGGCAACGAUUUUGUGAACAACUACUAUUUGCUGCCAUUUUCUGCCAGAUCUCGCGAGUUCUCGCUUCCAGAUUAUGUUCGGUACUUAACAUCCGAAUACAAGAAAAUACUCGCGACCUUGUACAAUAUGGGCGCCCGUCGGACUUUGGUCACCGGUACCGGGCCGCUGGGCUGCGUGCCGGCCGAGCUCGCGCUACGGAGCAGGACCGGCGACUGCGACCCGGAGCUCAUGAGAGCCGCAGAGCUCUUCAACCCUCAACUGGUCCAGAUCAUCCAGGAGCUCAACGCCGAGGCAGGCUCCGAUGUGUUCAUUGCUGCCAACGCUUUCAGCUCCCAUAUGGACUUUGUCACCAAUCCACAAGCCUACGGUUUCGUGACGUCGAAGAUCGCUUGUUGCGGCCAAGGCCCGUACAACGGGCUCGGACUCUGCACCAUCGCAUCGAACCUGUGCCCGAACCGCGACCUGUACGCGUUCUGGGACGCGUUCCAUCCGUCGGAGAAAGCGAACCGGAUCAUAGUGAGCAGGCUCAUGAGCGGAUCCGUUGAGUACAUGAACCCCAUGAACCUCAGCACCAUUUUGGCUAUGGAUGCUAGAACGUGAAAGUUUGAAUUGGUUUGUGUUUUAAGAUAAGAUUCUUUGGCAAUAGUUGGAGGGAGUGAAGGAGGUCUAGGGUCUAUUGUUUAAUUUGUUUUUUGGACCGGCCGGAAAUUAAUUAUCUUGGGGCUUUUGAUGUUAUGUAUUUGUCUGUGUUGUAGACGUGGAAGGAGUACCUGGUAAUAACAUCACGAUAUAUGCAUGAUUGCACAAUUUACUA